AACUGGGUCUGUGUGCGCGUCUGGCGAAGAGAGAGAACGAGGGAGAGAGAGGGAGCGCAUGUACAUGUAUAUAAGGGAGUGUGCGGCAGAAAGGGGGCGCUCUGGGCCUUGAAAUCCCGCCGCCCUGCUGCAGUCAGAGGGAGUUGGAGGCGCGCAGGAGCCCGGCUGGUUUAGGUUUCAGGUCUCCAAAAAUCUUCCUCGAUUCGCGUCUCCCUCUGGAUGAACCCUGAGCGGGCGAACACGCUGCUGAUCAGAGGCAGGAGAAGCGAUGGGCUGGAGGCAGCUUUCAUAAAAGUUGUCACUUUUGUAGGCACAGGUUCGGAAGAGCGCGCCCAGCCGAGCUCGGAGCCCCGGCGAUCGGACACUCCCUCAGCGACGCCCGCCGAGUCCUCCCCGCUCCAGGAGCCCUGUCCCGGCCGCAGCCACGCCACCCCUAAAACCCGGACACCCAGCACCAUUCAGCGCGAAGCUCUUUCACCAGACAUGCCCUGUGUGCAGGCUCAGUACGGGCCCGCCCCUCCAGGCUCAGCCUACUCCGGCCAGUCCUUCAGCUACCAGGGUGACAGCUACAGCUCCGACCUCAUGACCCCCGACUACACCAAGCUGGACCUGGGCGGGGGCGAGAUCUCCGCCGCCGCCGCCACCACCUCCCUGCCCAGCUUCAACGUGUUCGUGGAGGGCAGCUACGAGCCCAAGUCGUCCUGCCUCUACCAGAUGCCCACGCACCGGCCCAUCAUCAAGAAGGAGGAGGAGAGCUACCCGACCGCCCCGCCGCUGGAGGCCAUGCCCUCCUCCACCAUGUACUUUAAGCAGUCGCCCCCCUCCACCCCCACCACCCCGUCCCUACCGCCCCAGCCCGGCACCUCCUUCCUGUGGGAGGAGCACUCGCUGGCCCCUCCGUCGCACCCUCACUCGCUGGGCUCCAGCCUGGAGACGGGGCCCCUCAAGUCGCCCCGCUUCCCGCACUUCUACCAGCACUCGCCGCCCCACAGUGGAGGCAGCGUCGGCGGCUACGAGAGUCUGGGAGGCGGGCUGGUUCGCACCUCUUCCUCCUCCUCCUCCUCCUCCUCCUCGGUGUCCCACCCUCACGGCCCGCCCCUGGAGCAGCCCAUGUACCAGCUGCACCGCGGGGCCGGGGGCAGCAGCCUCGCCUUCCGAUCCCUGGCUCUGGGCCCCUGCGGCCCUCUACUAGGAGACAGCCUGCCCUCGCCGCCGCCACGUGGCCCCCAAGGAGAAGGAACCUGCGCCGUGUGCGGAGACAACGCCGCCUGCCAGCACUACGGCGUUCGCACAUGUGAGGGCUGCAAGGGCUUCUUCAAGCGCACAGUGCAGAAAAACGCCAAGUACGUGUGUCUGGCCAGUAAGAACUGUCCUGUGGAUAAACGGAGACGCAACCGCUGCCAGUACUGCCGCUUCCAGAAGUGUCUGAGCGUCGGGAUGGUCAAGGAAGUUGUUCGUACCGACAGUCUGAAGGGGCGUCGAGGUCGUCUGCCCUCCAAACCAAAGAGCCCCCUGCAGACGGAGGCUCCUCCGUCUCCACCGCUCAGCCUGCUGUCUGCUCUGCUCAGGGCUUAUUCCCACUGCACACCCCGAGACCUCGACUACAGCCAGUUCAGCGCCGCCGACCCUCCGUCCUCCUCCUCAGACGCAGAGCACAUCCAGCUCUUCUACCGGCUGCUCACCAUCUCCAUGGAGACCACGAGGUGCUGGGCCGACCGGCUGCCCGGCUUCUCCGAACUGCAGCGGGACGACCAGAACAUGCUCAUAGACUCGGCCUUCUUGGAGCUGUUCGUCCUGCGACUGGCUCACAGGUCGAUGCUGUCGGAGGAUAAACUCGUCUUCUGCAACGGUUUGGUGCUGCACAGGUUCCAGUGCCUUCGUGGGUUCGGGGAGUGGCUCGACUCCAUCCGGGACUUUUCCACCCACCUCCAGAGCCUAAACCUGGAUGCCUCCGCCUUCGCCUGCCUGGCCGCCCUCGUGCUUCUCACAGAGCAAGUCCCAGGUCUGAAGGACUCGAAGCGUGUGGAGGAGCUGCAGAAUAAAGUGAUUUGUUGCCUCAGAGACCACCUGGGCUGCGGCCCGUCAUCCUCCACGUCCAAGGCGGCGCCUCCCCUGAGCCGUAUUCUGGGUCUACGGGCGGAGCUCCGUUCCCAGAGGACCCAGGGCCUUCAGCGGAUCUUCUACCUGAAGCUGGAGGACCUGGUGCCGCCGCCGCCGCUCAUCGACCGGUUUCUGGACACUCUGCCGUACUGAUCGCGUCCCGUUCAGGCCUUUUUAUUUCCCCUCUAUGGAGCAUGUGCACACUCACCCAGAAAGAGAGACUCGCCUGCUUCCGACUGAGCAGAGAGAGCCGAUCAGAUGCUUUUUCACUCGACGGGACGAACCAAAACAAGAGCGCCUUUUCACUCCAACGGACAAACGCUUUUCACCUGUAUAAAAAAAAAGAGAUUCUUUGACAAACAAAAAAAAACAAAAACGCUUUACCACUUUUUAUUUGAUCCUCACGUUUUUCUGGGGAGGAUGAUGAGACGGAACAGAAAAAAGUGACCUCUCUGUCCGGGUGGCAGCUCAUUCUGCAAAAACAAAGAGAAAAGAAAGAAAGAAAGGUUUAUGAGUACUGCUGAUUUGAUCUGUGUUGAAGCGUGAGAAAACGCUUCGCAGAGCCGGUGGUGCUGCCUCCUGCUGCAAAAGGAAGUUUUGAAAAUGUCAGAGGUCAGACAGCGUAGAAACAUCAGGUACUUCAUAAACACGUGGAAGUGGCUGCUGAGGUGGGCUCUUAAUUACAAGUGCAAUUUCUUAAGUGCUAUCUCGCCACACAAAGGAAGAGGAGGAGGAGGAAGAGGGGGAGGAGGUCUAAUUUCAAACUCUAAAUUAUUUUAAUACAAAGACUCGUACUGUACUGUCAGUAGCUGAAAAGAAAGAGAGAGAGACUCCAUCUGGCUUCAGGAGGCAGAUGUGAAGCUGCGCACUAACGUUCGAUGACUGAGUCGCCCAGAGUUGAACUCCUCUGUAGCUUCUUUUUUUUGUCUUUUUUUUUAAAUAUUAACUCGUUUUUGAAAAUCGUAGGUCAAGUGAGGAGGACGGAGGAGCGAGCGCUGGGGCGGGAAUUGGCUUUUUUUGAAGCACUUACACCCUGAGAAAGGGCUAGAAGCACAGACACACACCCUACCUGCCUGAAAGAUGGACGGACGGCGGGGAGUCGGAGGGUGCUCGACGAUAGCUGCACGUCCAGGGAGUGAAACAUUCCACAUUCAUGCUCUUCUUUUUGUUUUUUGUUUUUAUGUUUUUUUUUCAUUUCUGUCGUGGAGGCUGCGUGAGCGUGUGAAGGACAGACCAGUCUUUUGUGCUGCUUAGAGAAGCCCGGAUCAUAUGCAUGGUGUGUUUAUACGCUGUCGGAGCUGCCAUACGCCCGUCAAAAAGAAAAACAGCUCGACCCGUGUUUGUGUCUCAGACUGCAGCUCUGUGGGGAAUCUCCCACCAACCCACUCACACUCACGGCAGCCGCUUUUCGAAAUGACAAAUUCUAUAGAUAUAAAUAUAAAUAUAUAUAUAUAAAUAUAUAUAUACAAAACUAAUAUUUUGAAGUGUUUUUAGCUUUUUCAAAUAUUGUGGUACGAGUUGUGCAUUGUUUUUUUUUGUUUUUGUUUUUUUGGAAAAAGAAGAAGAGAAACAAAAAAAGGAAAAAAAGUUGCUGUUUUUUUCAAUGUCCCUCUUUUUUGGUUAGAGUUUCCUGUUCAAUUUUGUUUUGUUUUUUUCUUUCGCUUUGGUUCACUGGAUUUUUUUUUUUCUGUUCAGCACUUUGAAAUCAUAAACUAGUUCUGAUUAUUCUGA